AUGACGGCAACACAACUGCAAGCACAGGGACGCUCCGAAGAAGACUCGCUUUUACCAGGACGCUCAGAAGCACGCAAACGACGUUCAACGUCGCGGCCGACGUCGAGUAUUAUGUCUCCCUCGAGGGCAUUUUCAUGGAAAGCCCACCCAUUCUGGUUGAUCCCAGUGGUGAUUGUUAUGUCCAUAUCGCGGGGAUUUACCAUGUCUCCUAGAAUCCAAGUCUACCAAGCGAUUGCAUGUCGCGCGCUUGGUGAGGAUUCUCCAGGAAUGGAUUUUGGCGACCUUGCCAACUUCGCGACUGGCUGCAAUGAUCCUAAAGUGGCUGCCCGUGUCGCAAAAAUACAGGCGUCCGUUGUGACCACGAUGAGCGUCCUGAGCGCGAUUUCGACAGGGUUUUGGAGCCGCUUGGGUGACGCUUAUGGUCGAAAACUGAUACUUUGCACGUUUCUAACGGGUGCCCUUUUAAUGGAAGCUGUCUUUGUCCUGGUUAUGAGACCCAACACUUUCUUCGGGCGUUAUGCCGAACAGUUGAUUCUGGUUGGCCCAGUUAUCGAGGGCUUUGUGGGAGGACUGUCCACAUUCAAUGGUGUUGUUCACGCAUAUAUCUCCGAUUGCACGAGGCACGGCUCUCGUUCGAAAAUCUUCUCAACAGUCCAAGGAAUGGUAUUCGUCGGCCUUGCGACUGGACCUUGGAUCUGCGGGAAAAUAUUCCCUCCCAAGGGCUACCAUGACGGAUUUUUCUUUGGAAGCAUCAGUCUUAUCGCCGCAAACAUCCUUUUUGUCAUAUUCAUCUGCCCUGAGUCUCGUUUCCCUCCUCCGGCUACGGACAACACUCUGUCCGCAGACCAAGUGUCAUUCAAGAAUUCGCCUCUCCUUGCUAUCCAACGGCUUUUCGUCAAUUUCCUGAGUUCUCUCAUGCUACCAAUAUCUAUGUUCAUGCCGCUCCGUGUGCCCGGUAGCUCUCGAAGAAAUUACAAUAUGACCCUUGUAGGGUUGAGCUUAUUCUUGUACAUUGUCUCAACGGGCGUCUACUCUGCGAAAUAUCUCUAUGGCAAGGAUGUCUUCAAAUGGACAACAGCAGAACUGGGUUAUUACAUGUCGACAUUGUGGAUAUCUCGAGCAAUCAAUCUCCUGCUCUUCCUCCCAAUUGUCCUGUCGUAUCUCAAGCCGAAGUCGACCACUGCUCCAGGUCAAAGUCCAAACGCACGCGAUAUCUCCGCCGAAUUGAACUUCGACCGUUAUCUCGCGUCACUAUCGCUCUUCGUGGACGGUUUGGCAGAUAGUCUUGUCGCUAUCACCGCCAGCAGAUCGCAGACAGUCUUCUACACGCUGUCCUGCCUUUCUUCGUUCACUUCGGGAGGCAACCCUGCAUUACACUCUCUCGGAGCCGUCUGCCUGCAUGCCUGCGGACGUGGCUCCGAGGUUGGAGCAUUGUUUGGUGCACUAGGAGUCUUGUCUGCUAUUGGUCAUAUCAUCUCGCCAACUGUCUAUGCCGUUACCUAUGGCAGAUCGGUUGCCAAUUACCCAGAAGCUAUCUUCGCUCUCGCCGCAUGUAUCCUGUUUUCGGUCGUGCUUUUCCUCAGCCGAGUGUCGCCGGCGGCAGAGGACAUUGCUCUCGCACUCACACCUCGCAUUGGUGAAGAAAGAAGAACUCGUUCUAUCGCUCAAGACUACUCAUAUGAAGCACUUCCUGAAAAUAGUGACGAUGAAGAAACACGAAAUUGA